AUCAUCAUCGCCAUCAUCAGCGUGCCGGGUGGUGUUAUGGCGACCAGCGGUGAGAGAGUGAUGUAAGAGUGACCCGCGGCACACAGCACAGCAGCGUCCCGGAGUGUGGCACAGCAGGCACGGCACUCAGCAUGGCGCACAGGCUGGUGGCGGCGGCGCGGCGGCUGGAGAGGCUGCUGCAGCGGGGCGUGCGGAGGGGCGCCCUGGAUGCUGGAUGGGUUGGGCAGCAGCUGUCGAGGAUGGAGUCCCCCCACAGCCCCUCUCUGAUGCAGCAUUGGUACCAGCUCUGCCAGAAACCUCCUCGUGGCUUUGAGAAGUAUUUCCGGGGCGGGGCAUCGCAGGGCAAGGGGGCAGGGCAGAAGAAGGAGGCCGGGGCGUCGGGUGCGGGAAGUAAUGCCCCGCCCCCGCCAUCUUCCACCCAGAGCAAGGGGCCGCCCCCAACCCCGGGCCCCAAAGAUCCAUUCUCCAUGAACUUGUUUGGCUCCAGCGGAAAGUCGGGGGGUGGUGGUGGGGGGCGUGGCGCAGGGAGCAAGCCGCUGGGCGAGGGUGGUGAGCGUGAGCGGUGGGUGGCGCUGGCAACACUGGCGGCGGUGGGCUUGCUGGGCGUGGCGGCGUACUACCAGAUGAGCUACCGGGAGAUCACAUGGAAGGAGUUCUCGAAAAAUUACCUGGCCAAGGGCAUCGUUGAGAAGCUGGAGGUGAUCAACAAGAAGUGGGUGCGUGUGAAGCUGAUGCCGGGGAACCAGGUGGAGGGUGCGACCACCCUAUGGUUCAGCAUCGGCUCGGUGGACGCGUUUGAGCGGAACGUGGAGACGGCGCAGCUGGAGGCCGGCACGGAGCCCAGCAACUUCAUCCCUGUGGUGUACAAGAACGAGCUGGAGGCGGCCACCUUCACCUCCUUCCUGCCCACACUGCUUAUCAUUGGUUUUCUGAUCUUCAUGAUGCGUCGGUCAGCCCAGAUGAUGGGUGGGUCGGGCGGCCGGCGUGGCGGGGGGCUGUUCGGCGGGGUGAUGGAGUCCACCGCCAAGAUGGUCAACCCAGCGGACAUUGGGGUCAAGUUCCAGGACGUGGCAGGCUGCGAGGAGGCCAAGGUUGAGAUCAUGGAGUUCGUCAACUUCCUCAAGAACCCCCAGCAGUACACCGAGCUGGGCGCCAAGAUUCCCAAGGGGGCCAUCCUCACAGGCCCCCCAGGCACAGGCAAGACCCUCCUCGCUAAAGCCACCAGCGGGGAAGCCAAUGUCCCCUUCAUCUAUGUGUCUGGCUCGGAGUUCCUGGAGAUGUUCGUCGGUGUGGGGCCGUCCAGGGUAAGGGACAUGUUCGCAAUGGCCCGCAAGAAUGCCCCGUGCAUCCUGUUCGUGGACGAGAUUGACGCGGUGGGGCGGAAGAGGGGCGGCCGGUCCUUUGGCGGCCACUCGGAGCAGGAGAACACCCUCAAUCAGCUGCUGGUGGAGAUGGACGGCUUCAACACCACCUCGAACGUUGUGGUGCUGGCCGCUACCAACCGCGUGGAUAUCCUGGACAAGGCGCUUCUGAGGCCGGGGCGCUUCGACAGGCAGAUCUUCGUGCCGCCCCCGGACAUCAAGGGCCGCGCGUCCAUCUUCAAGGUGCAUCUCGGCCCCCUCAAGACCCAGCUGGAGAAGAACGAUCUGGCGAGGAAGAUGGCCGCCCUCACCCCUGGCUUCACUGGCGCGGACAUCAGCAACGUGUGCAACGAGGCCGCGCUGAUUGCCGCCCGUGACGCCGAGUCGCACAUAAUAAUGAAGCACUUCGAGGCGGCCAUCGAGCGCGUGGUGGCCGGCAUGGAGAAAAAAACCAACGUGCUCCAGCCAGCCGAGAAGAAGACCGUCGCCUUCCACGAGGCCGGGCACGCUGUCUGUGGAUGGUUCCUGGAGCACGCCGACCCCCUGCUAAAGGUGUCCAUCAUCCCCAGGGGCAAAGGUCUCGGGUAUGCCCAGUACCUCCCCAAGGAGCAGUUUCUCUUCACCCAGGAGCAGCUCUUCGACCGGAUGUGUGUCAUGUUGGGCGGGCGUGCGUCGGAGAGUAUCUUCUUCGGCGCCGUGACCACCGGGGCACAGGACGACCUCAGCAAAGUGACCCGCUCUGCACAGGCCCAGAUCGUGCAGUACGGCAUGAACGAACGUAUCGGACUGCGUGUGUACCAACUGCCCGAGCCCGGUGAGAUGACCAUGCAGAAGCCCUACAGCGAGGCCACAGCCGGGGCAAUCGACGAGGAGGUGAAGGGCCUCAUCGACAGAGCCUACACCAGGACCAUGAACCUGCUGAAGGAGAAGAAGGAGUGCGUUCAGAAGGUCGCAGAAAGACUCCUGGAGCGCGAGAUUCUGAGUCGCGAGGAUAUGAUUGAACUCCUUGGCCCACGCCCCUUCAAGGAAAAAUCGACGUACGAGGAGUUUGUGGAGGGCACCGGCAGCUUCGAGGAGGACACCAGCCUGCCCGAGGGACUGAAGGAUUGGAACAAGGCCAGGGAGGAGCCGAAGGAUAAGAAGGAGGGGAAGGAUGCGGGGAAGGAUGUCAAGAAAGAUGGGCCUGCUAGCUAGUGGAAGGAUGAGGAAGAGGAAGGAUUUUUAAGAGUAGGAGGAUAAGAAGACUGCAAGAAAGAAGAAGAGGAAAGGAAAGAAGAGGAAAGAAGGAUGUAGGGAAGGAUGGGCCUGCUAGCUAGUGGAAGGAGGAGGAAGAGGAAGGAUUUUUAAGAGUAGAAGAAGAGGAAGAAAGCAAGAAAGAGGUUUAAGAAGAGAAAUGUAAUAACAGAAGAAGAGGAAAGAAGAAAUGAUGAAAAAUGGAUGAAUAAGAAAAGAGGAGUAAAUAGAAAUUGAUGAUGAAAGAAGAAGAAGGGAAGGAAAGGAAGAAAGGAUAUAGAGAGGAAGAAAAUGGCACAAAUAAAUAGAAAAAAUAAAAAAGAAAGGAAGAAUAAGGAAAGAAGAUAGGGCAUAGCAGAAGAAAGGAAGGAAGGAAGGAAGAGACUGAAAGAGGAAAGAAAGAAAGGAAGAGAGAGAUGAAUGAAGGAAGAAUGGAAGAAGGAAUAGAGACAAGGAUAGACUAUAUAGGAAGGAGAAAAGAAAGAAGGAAGGAAGAGAAAGAAAGAAGGAAGGAAGGAAGAGAGGGAGAGAUGAAUGAAGGAAGAAUGGAAGAAGGAAUAGAGACAAGGAUAGACUAUAGGAAGGAGAGGAGAAAGAAGGAAGGAAGGAAGAGAAAGAAAGAAGGAAGGAAGGAAGGAUAAAAAAAGGUUAGAUUAUCAUUGUUUUUGUUGUUUUUGUUGAUUGCUUUCUUUGUUUAGUUAGAAGGUUGUUUAGAUUAUUAUUAUUAUUAUUAUUAUUAUUAUUAUUAUUAUUAUUAUUGAUGUGAAUGGCCAUGUGUGUCUUCUGCUUUUUCUUCUUCUUUUUUUCUUCCUUUUCUUUCAUUCUUAUUUUUCUUUGUCUUCUUUUUUCCUCUUCUUCUUUUUCUUUGUAUUUUUUCUUGUUUGUCUUCUGUUAUUUUUAUUUUUAUUUGUCUUUUUUCUUCUUUUUCUUCCUCAUUUUCUUUUCUUUUAUUCUUAUUUUUCUUUGUCUUCUUUUUCUUCCUCUUUGUCUUCUUGUUUGUCUUCUGCUAUUCUUAUUUUUUGUCUUUUUUUCCUCUUUCUUCUGCUUUUCUUCUUUUCCUUUUCUUUCAUUUUUCUUUGUCUUAUUUUUUCCUCUUUUUCUUCUUUGUCUUCUUCUUCUUCUUCUUGUCAUUCUUUCUUCUUUGAUUUUCUUAUGAAUUUAUUAUUAUUAUUUUUUUUUACUUUUGUUUCUCUCUUAUCUUUCCUCCUCCUCUUCCUCCUUUUUUUUUAACUUAUUCUUCAUUUAUUUAACUUCUCCUUCUUCUCCUCCUUCUCUUCCUUCCUUCCUUCCUUCCUUCCUUUCUCUCAUUCAUAGUUUUCCUGUUAACCUUCCUUCUCCUCCUUCAUGGUAAUUUUCCUUCUUCUUCAUCUUCUCUUCCUUCCUUCCUUCCUUCCUUCCUUCCUUCCUUCCUUCCUUCCUUCCUUCCUUUCUCUCAUUCAUAGCUUUCCUGUUAACCUUCCUUCUCCUCCUCUUUUUCAUGCAAAUUUUCCUUCUUCUUCCUUCCUUCCUUCCUUCCUUCCUUCCUUCCCUCCUUCCUUCCUUCCUUUCUCUCAUUUAUAGCUUUCCUGUUAACCUUCCUUCUCCUCCUUCAUGCAAAUUUUCCUUCUUCUUCUUCUUCUCUUCCUUCCUUCCUUCCUUCCUUCCUUCCUUUCUCUCAUUCAUAGUUUUCCUGUUAACCUUCAUUCUCCUCCUUCAUGCUAAUUUUCCCUCUUCUUCUUCUUCUUCUUCUUCUUCUGUUUGGUUAAGUGAGGAAGCAAAUAGGAAGGAAGGCAUGUGUGUGUGUGUGUGUGUGUGUGUGUGUGUGUGUGUGUUAGAGAGAGACUAGGUUAAGGUCAAGAGAGAGAGAGAGAGAGAGAGAGAGAGAGAGAGAGAGAGAGAGAGAGAGAGACCUUAUAUAUUACAGAAGAAAGGAAAAACAUCGAUAAAUAAAUAAAAGAAAGAAGUGAAGAAGAAUUAAAAGAAGAGGAAAAGAAGUUGAAGAAAAAACAUUGAAGAAAAAGGAUGAAAAAGAAAACAGCCAAAAAAAAAUAUCAUAACAGGAAAAAAAAACUAGAAAAAAAUAAGAAAAAAAGGAGGAAAGAAAAUGAAAAAAAGAGAAGCAGAGAGAAAAAAGAAAAAGAGAAGGAAAAAUCAUUAACAGGAAGAAGAAAAAAAGUAAAAAAUUAGAAAAAGAAAAUGAAAAAAUAAGAAAAAAAGGAGGAAAGAAAAUGAAAAAAGAGAAGCAGAGAGAAAAAAGAAAGAAGAAAAAAUCAUUAACAGGAAGAAGAAAAAAAGUGAAAAAUUAGAAAAAGAAAAUGAAAAAAUAAGAAAAAAAGGAGGAAACAAAAUGAAAAAAGAGAAGCAGAGAGAGAAAAAAAGAAAAAAAAGAAAGAAAUAUAGAAAACAAACAAGCAAAUAAAUGUAAUAGUUCACAUAUUUAUUACUCCAACUAUUAUUAUUAUUAUUAUUAUUAUCAUCAUUAUAAUCAUUAGUUCUGCCCACCUUGUUUUGCGGCAGCCUGUAAAUAGUGUAUGUAUGUAAAUGUAAAAAAAUAUGUCUGUUAGUCGCCCCUUAACUUACACAAAGAGAUAGAAAGAAAAUGGGGUAAAAAUAUAAUAGAAAAUUGACUUGGGUGCUGGGAGGAAGAGCGGCCCCCCUUAAGGAAGACUAACCCCUGGCGCACAGUGUUGCCAGUUUGUUUUGUAAUGUUAUCCUCUGAGGCAACACGCGCUUAUUGUAA